UGCAAUUUAGACAAAAGUUCAAUUUCAUCCCCACUUUUGCUCAUCCAUGUCGGAACCGCCUAACACACUCGCACACACAUUAUUUCGCCAUACUUAAUCAACAAAGAGCAUUUGGGGGAAAACUAGUGCAAUCAUAAAGAAUCAUGUCUUCUCCAAGCAAACGCCGUGAAAUGGAUUUGAUGAAGCUGAUGAUGACUGACUAUAAGGUGGAUAUGAUCAAUGAUGGCAUGCAGGAGUUUCAUGUGCAAUUUAAUGGACCCAAAGAAAGUCCUUAUCAAGGAGGUGUUUGGAAGGUUAGGGUGGAACUGCCAGAUGCUUAUCCGUAUAAAUCUCCUUCCAUUGGUUUUGUCAAUAAGAUUUACCAUCCAAAUGUUGAUGAGAUGUCAGGUUCUGUGUGUUUAGACGUAAUCAAUCAGACGUGGAGUCCCAUGUUUGACUUGGUGAAUGUGUUUGAAGUGUUUCUUCCACAACUUCUUUUAUACCCGAAUCCAUCAGAUCCUUUAAAUGGAGAGGCAGCAGCUUUGAUGAUGCGUGACCGCGAUGUAUACAAUCAGAGAGUCAAAGAGUACUGUGAAAAAUAUGCAAAGCCCACCGAUGCAGGGGUCGCGCCUGAUGAAAAAUCCAGUGACGAGGAACUGACGGAAGAUGAAUAUGCGUCCAGCGAUGAGGAAAUUGCUGGAAAAGCAGAUCCUUGAGAGGAAAUCAGACAAGGUUAUUACUGUUUGUCUGUAUGUACAUUAUAUGCUGUUGUGUGAUGAUAAAGUUUGAAACCUGUCAGUACUCAUAUGCUUAUGAAGAAAGUUCAUUUGCAGUUUCUCUUUUA